GUUAAAGUUGGCUAUUUUUUAUUCAACAGGGUCAUUAGUUCUCCCAGGAGAGGUGGAACAGACAGUGACUUAUUGUACACCCUUUUUUGAUAAGCCUGUUCAACCGAAGUUCAGAACCUUGUCGGUUCCACAGCCAUUGGACAGCAAAGCCCAAGAGCUACUAGGGGAUGAUGUUUACCCAUUCUCACUUGAUGAAGAAUUUGAUUAUGACAAUGUGGCACUGACCCCUAAGUUCUCUGAAGCUGAGCUGAAGGCCAUUAUAGAAUUGUCUGAAGAGAAGAAAACGCGGACAGAUGUCAAGUCGGCAGGAGCUGAAGACUGA